AUGAAAAAGUACACCUCCUAAAGAUUAUUGUUGACUAAUGAAGAGCUUCUGCGCAUUUAAAUCCUAGCCAAAAACUCUUUCAGACCCUCUUCAAAAUAGAGAAUCAAGGAGAAACCUAAACUUGAAUCAUACCAAUUCAAACCAGAGGUAUUAUCCCCAUCUAUUCUAGAUUAACAAAUAAUCUGCAAAUCUAUAGAGAUCCAUAAAUGAUCUAUUCCGAUGGAAUUUAAAUAGACAAAUGAAAAGACAACAAAUAUAUGAUGAUGAAGUAUUUAAUCCUCAUUUAUUUAUAGUCAAGAGAACUUAUCAACAAUGCCAACAGAAUAACACAUGAAUUGAAUAACUCCUCUGUAUUUGAGAGGUUGUAUCAGGUCAGAAAAAACAGCGAAAAUGUUAUUUGUAUGCUCUUCAUUCUCUAUCAUUAGAACAAUCUAAAAGAAACACUAGCAAUUUUGGACCUUAUUAUACUAAAAACAUGACUAGUUCCAUGUAUUAAGAAUAUCAACGCUAAUAAUAGUUAGAAGUGUCUUAAUUCAAAUCGAAAACUAAUGCCACUGAUAGUAAAUAUGAAUUAUCACAUCAAUAAACUCCAAAUCCCAAUAUUUUAGAUUCCGAUCAAUUACCUAUUGCUAUAAAUGAUGUAAUUACUUAUUUAUAUUGUUUUCAAUAGCAAAUCAAGGCAUCCAUACCCGUACAUCAGUACGUAGAUUUGACUGAAUAAUUGAGCAACUCAAUGAAUGAGCCUGAUUCUCCUGCUAAGUCACCUUUGCAUCAGAAGGAUAUAGAAGUCAUGGUUGAAAGGUAAAAAGUUUAUAUCUAUAUCCAAAUAGAUUAAAUAAUUGGUAGGCUAAGAAAUAAUAACAAGAAUAACAAGAUUAAGAAGAAGAUUAACAUGUGAAAUCUUAAAUCAGACCCAAUUUUAUCAAUCAAAAUAGAUAGCCAUCCUUCGGGAGUUCGUAAUCUCAAUCCAAAUUUUAUUCGAAUAUGUUCCUAAACAAUAAUCAAACACAUUGAUAUUUAAUUUAGAUAUAUUGAUAUAAUAC